AUGGAACAAGAAAUACUCAAUUAAAGUCUUCUCAAAAGCCCAAAUAGAGCUUCAGAUGAAAGCUCUAUGAUAGUUAUACCACAACAAAAAAAACCAAAUGUGUAAAAAAAAAAGUUAAAAAUAAAUGUUUCUUAAUCAACAGAAGUAUCUUAUGGUGGAUUGGUUUCACCUGAAGGAGAAACCCGUGCUUCAUCUAUCCACCACUUUGAAAGAGAAAAGAAGUGGAGUCAAUCAAUAAUUCCUUUGACUUGCUUAAUGCUCAAUAAAGCUAUAGCAAAUAUUAACUUGAGAUUAGAAGUUGAGGGUUAACCUGUGGAACUUGUAGAAUUAGUUGGACAUGUGUGUGCUUCGCUUUAUGGUAGAGCAUACACCUUGAAGGGAGAAUAACCAUUUAUGGCAAUAUAAAUCAGUGAUUUAUCUGGAAUUUGCUCAGCUAUUCUGUAUUAACCUACUAAUGAUGAAGAAAACUUAGUAGAAUACUUAAAAAGAACUGAAAAUUGGCAGUCAAACCCAGAUAAAAUGCUUAAUGGCACUUAUGUAAAAGUAAUAGUUAAACCAAAAUAUUCAGUGACAGAAUCAGUAUGGAAAAAUAACUGCAUAGCUAUAAAAAUAAUAUAAAACGCUAAUGAAAUAACAUAACAUAACUUAGAUGUAAUUAAAUGCUAUUUAGAACGCAAAGAUGGACUUAUCUAAAAGGUGAAGUCUCCUAUAUAAAACAAUCCAAUUUACAUAAAAGCAAAAUAAAGAGAAGAAAUGGAAAAAAGGAAUAGAAUAGAAAUAUCAACAUUAAAAGAAUCUAUUCUUUAAAAGGAUAUGUAAAUAGAGGAGGAACAUAUACAGCCAAUUUAGUGA